ACUCGCCCACGCAACUCCAUCGGUCUCGCCUCGCACAUCUUCCUCACCGCCUCCUACCCCCGCCCCGCCCCGCCCACCUCGCCGGAACCCUACCUCCUACCCCUUCGCGCCCCUGCCCGAUCCGCCGAUCGUCAGACUUGGCAAGCGCAAUGGACUCCGACUCCGAGAUGCCCGUCGCCAGCGACGAGGAGAUGGUGGACGACGAGGACUACUACUACUACAGCGACGAGGGUGAGGGCGAUGACGGGGACGCCAGCGGCGGCGGCGCCUCCGGCGACGAGGAUGUAUCGGCCGGAGACUACGAGGGCCGGGAGGCCGAGGGGAGCGACGAGGCCGUCUCCACGCGCGAGCAGAGAUACAUUGUUUUAUCCGAAAAGGAUAUAUCUGAACGCCAAGAGGAAGAUAUAAGCGAGGUAUCUGCAUUACUGUUGAUUCCAAGGGAAGAAGCAUCUGUCCUUCUUCACCACUAUAAAUGGGACAUCAGCAAGGUGAAUGAUGAAUGGUUUUCUGAUGAAGACAAAGUCCGUGGUAUUGUUGGCUUACUUAUGAAUGGAACUGAUAUUCAUAACUCGAGGAAGCUAACUUGUGGAAUAUGUUUUGAAGGGUACUCUUCAGAUAUGAUGAGUUCUGCGGGCUGUGCUCAUUUUUAUUGCCAUGAAUGUUGGGAAGGUUAUAUCAGCGCUGCUGUAAGUCAGGGUCCGGGAUGUUUGUCAUUGCGAUGCCCUGAUCCAUCGUGCAGUGCUAUUGUUCUUCAAGGCAUGAUAAAUAAAUUAGGCAAACACGAAGAUAAAGAGAAGUAUGCACGAUUUGCCUUGCGUGCAUAUGUGGAAAGUCGCAAGAAGACGAAAUGGUGUCCAGCUCCUGACUGUACAUGUGCAGUGGAAUUUGUUAGUGAUGUAAACUAUGAUGUCUCAUGUAACUGCACAUUCCGAUUUUGCUGGAAUUGCACAGAAGAAGCUCACAGACCAGUGAACUGUGAGACUGUUUCUAAGUGGAUUCUGAAGAACAGCGCUGAAUCUGAAAAUAUGAACUGGAUACUGGCUAAUUCUAAGCCCUGUCCAAAAUGCCAACGACCGAUAGAGAAGAACCAGGGAUGCAUGCAUAUGACUUGCACACCUCCUUGCAAAUUUGAGUUUUGCUGGUUAUGUCUGGGUUCAUGGGUAGAACAUGGUGAGAGGACUGGUGGCUUUUAUGCUUGCAAUCGCUAUGAAUCGGCAAAGAAAGAGGGAGUUUAUGAUGAGGCUGAAGCAAGGAGGGAAAGGGCUAAACACUCACUCGAGAGAUAUAUGCACUACUAUGAACGCUGGGCAUCUAAUCAGACAUCGAGGCAGAAGGCAAUAUCAGAUUUGCAAAAGGCGGAAAAGGAACAACUUGCAAAGUUAACUGAUAUUUAUGGAAUACCGGAGACACAACUGAAGUUCAUUAUUGAAGCUUGGUCACAGAUUAUAGAAUGCAGGCGAGUGCUUCAAUGGACGUAUGCGUAUGGCUAUUAUCUCGAGGACAAGGUCAAGAGUGGAUUUUUUGAGUAUCUGCAAGGUGAAGCUGAGUCUGGUUUGGAACGUCUCCAUCAGUGUGCUGAGAAAGAUCUGCUAGCGUUUUUGCCAUUCUCAAAACAUGAUACUACUGAAGAUCAUCCUUCACCAGCUGAAUUUGGUGAAUUCCGUGUGAAGCUUGCUGGUCUGACAAGUAUAACUCGGAAUUACUUUGAGAACCUUGUUCGAGCAUUGGAAGAUGGGUUGGAGGAUGUCCAGUGUGCCGGAGAGGCUGCAACCUCAAGCAAGGCCUCCAACUCGAAGAAAGGAGGAGCUAAAGGCAAAGCGGCGAAGAAGCAGCCGUCCAGAUCAUCUUCGGACCAUUCUGAUGAUACUUGGCCAUGCGAGCGCUGCACAUUUCUGAAUCCCUCUUCAGCGGAUGCGUGUACUGCCUGUGAUAAGCAGCGGUACUAGUAGAUUAAUAAACGGCUCAAAAGGCAGUGACGCAAGAAGCUCAAAGCGCAUGAGAACAUGUGUGUGCUUUAUGCUUUAGAAGGUGAAGCAGAGCUCUCAACGGGUGCAACGGUGUACAUAAGAAAGGUCGAAGGUCCGUCCUAUGCUUUAUGUAGAUCCAAACGGAUAUCAUUGGUUACAAGGUCAAUGUGCUUUCGCCUGUGUGUUGUAAAUAUUGGUUACGAAUAGGUGUAGUGUGGUGGGUUUCUUCUGCGGUUCCACCCACCUUGCUCCUUUCGUUUCUCCUAACCUAAAACAUAUUAGGUUAAGUCUUAUCAAGAAUUGUUUUAUUAAUAUAUGAUUUCUUUUUGUGGGGAA